GUUCUUGGAGCUGCCAUCAACGUAUAUGCUAACAAGCACAAAGAACGGCCUGAUCGGCUCAUAGACAUGCUAAUUAGCAGUCACAGGAAAGUUUUAGCUUGCGUUGUUUGUGGCCGUCUAAAGAGUGCUUUCCAGAUAGCUUCCCGAAGUGGAAGUGUUGCUGACGUUGAAUAUGUUGCACAUCAGGCAUCAGUUGCAAAUGCACUGCCCGUGGUUGACAUGUGCAGACAGUGGUUGUCAAAGUACAAAUUUGGCGUCUAGCUCCUGGAAGUAAACACAAGGUGGUAAAAGAAAGAUGUUGACAGAAGAAUUUUGCAUUUGUAGAUCUAUUAUAAAAUAAGUGUUGGUGUAGGAGUAAACAUUUUUCUACCUUGUAGUGGUGAAUAUUCGAUCCCUGUUUUCCACCAAAUUCUCAUGAUGUAUUGAUGUAAAUUCUAUUCCCUUCCAUAGGUAAUUAGCCUUCAAUUAAAAGGCUUAGCUCCAUAUACAAUUUGUGUCCGGUGGUUAAUCCUUCAGGCCAAUCAAUUUGGUCUUAGCUGUAAAUAAUCUCUCAUCCUGUGAGAUAAUGUUCACCAAAAUAUUCUUGAGAUGUAUCCAAUGUCAGGAAUAUGCAUCUCUUA